GAGUUCACGCCCAAAACCAAAACCGUGUACAUGACAGUUCAAAAAGGGGAAACUCAAACAAGAGGUGCCUGAAGUUCACUGUGAAGAUCCACGAAAACUUCACUCAGCCGUUCUUGGAUCAAUCCAGAAAUCUGAGAUUCUUUCAUCCCACGCUGCCUGAGCUCUUCUGGAAACCAGCGAUUAGGGUUUUUGUAUCUUCAAUUUUGAUACAUCUUCUUCUUCUUCUUCAUGGUCGUAUUAGCAGAUUUAUGACUCCCAAAGAAUCAGUCUCACGAACCACUGCCGAACCCAGAAUUCAUCACUUGGGGUUGCAAUUGCACUCUAGGGCUGUCUAAUCGCUCGAUUUCAAUCUCAAUUUUGUUCUGCGGAAGCUCGUGGCUUAACAAUGGGUGAUUACCACUUCGUUUACAAGGACGUUGAAGGAGCCUCCACUCAGUGGGAUGACAUUCAGGCAAAGCUUGGAAACCUGCCUCCGAAGCCUGCUCCGUUCAAGCCCGCACCCUUCACCCCCGCCCAAGACGAGGCCUCCCUCCCCAAAGACAAGUCCUGGAUCGACCAAAAGUCCCAGGAGGAGCUCGAACAUCUCGAGGACGAUCUCGAUCUCGAUGAUGACAACUUUCUCCAAGAGUACAGGAAAAGAAGGUUGGCGGAGAUGAGAGAAGCAGUUAAAAUCUCCAAAUUUGGGUCAAUAAAUCCAAUAUCCGGCUCGGAUUUUGUGCGAGAGGUUUCACAGGCUCCAUCGGAUGUUUGGGUUAUAGUCAUUCUUUACAAAGAAGGAAUUCAAGAAUGCGAUGUGCUGAUGAAUUGUUUGCAAGAACUGGCGACCAGAUAUCCAGCAACAAAAUUUGUUAAAAUAAUAUCCACAGAUUGCAUUCCCAACUACCCAGAUUGUAAUCUUCCUACUCUGUUGGUGUACAACAAUGGUGCAGUGAAAGCAAAUUACGUGGGACUGCGAAGUUUCGGAAGAAGAUGCACGCCAGAAGGCGUUGCAUUAGUUCUUUGUCAAGCAGAUCCGGUGCUUAACGAUGGUAAGUCUGGAAAUGAUGGAUCCCGAAAAUCUGUGCUCGAAGGAGUAUGCAGAAAGCUAAUUGAGAAAGUGGUGACGGAGCAUGAAGAUGAGAACGACGAUGGGGAUUCUGAGUGAUUAGAUUUUCAAACCCUUGCUUUCUUCCUUGCUUUUCCUCUGCUUUAGUUGGAGCUUGAAAAUCUUUGGUUGCCAUAGUUUGCGGUUUUAUCCAUCAAAUGUUUCAUUAUCUAGUGAUGCUUAUUUAUGUUUGAUCAAAAAAGGA